UUAGCUAGCUUGACCUUCAAAAUGGCGGACACUGGGGCGUCACAUGACCCUGUGACGUCAGGUGAAAUACAUACAUGUGUAUAUAUAUUCUGCAUUUUAUAAAACUGUAUACUUCUGCACAUACAUCCACCUCCCUCGCAUACAUGACAUGGAGAUCAUUCCAUACGACUUUGAUCCAACUGAGAAGAGUUGGAAAGAUGACAGGAUAAGGACCAGGGUUCCCGCGAGGUCUUAAAAAGUCUUAAAAGCAUUGAAUUCGAGAAUUUGGAAAUAAUACCUUGAAAAGCCUUGAAAAAGCAUUGAAUUUUAAUGUGUAGGUCUUAAAUUUGUGCACCGAUGAUAAUUUGUAUUUUAGCAUUGUUCAUUACUUAAAUACCCCAGCAGGCGUUAUUUUUUCGUCAUUGUUUUAGUAAAUGAGGCACGAGUGGCCAAGUAGCCAAUAGUGGUGGAACUGGAGUUGUGGGCGGAACAAUUACGCGCGCACACCGACUGAGGUAGCUGCUAAUAGUUUACAGCUGGCGAUUAAUGGAAAUUCGGAAAGUCAGGGAGGUGGAAGCAGGCUAAACGAUAACUCGACGGUGUAAAAAUGGGCAAAUGUAAGUUUAACCAGUUAUGGCUACAUCAUAGUUCAUUUCGAGAAUGGGUUAAACCAGUGGAUGGUGACAUAUUCGCAACUUUUUGUUCAGUUUGCAAAAGGACGUUUAAAUUGGGCACAAUGGGCGUUAAGGCGCUGGAUUCUCACGCGCAGUCUUCAAAACACAUGGCUCUUCUCAAUGAUAAACGGCAAACGCCGUCUGUUUCAUCUGUGUUUCGGCCAGCUGUUGACGUUAGCCAGCUGGUACCUAGCCAACUACCUAGCACGGCUAAGGAUGGCCAGUCUGUUGCCGCUACAGUAGUCCCUAGUACUAGAGUUGAUUUGCGGACAACACUCGGUUCAACACCUACGAUGAAGGCUGAGGUGUUGUGGACGCUACACACAGUAGCCCAACACCAGUCCUACAAUGGCAACGAAGGUGUCUCCGAGCUAUUUAAAUUAAUGUUCCCGGAUUCAGACAUUGCCCAGAGCUUCAGGUGUGGUGCUGACAAGACGGCUUACAUCGCCAAGUAUGGGCUGGCCAUUCACAUCAAGGACGAGCUGAUGUCGAAAAUCAACCAAUCGCCGUUCGUAUUGAUGUUCGACGAGAGCAUGAAUGUAACCACGAAAACAAAACAGCUGGACGUCCAUGUGCGGUUUUGGUCAGAAGGACAGGUUAGGUCCAGAUAUUUUGGCUCCCAGUUCAUGGGUCAUUCCACCGCCAAAGACCUUCUGUCACACUUAAAAGAGUGUACGGACAAACUGGACCUCAAAAACUUGGUGUCCAUCUCAAUGGACGGCCCCAGUGUUAACUGGAAACUAAAAUGUUUUUUUUUAACUUGAAGUACGUGUUGCCCAAAAAUGGUUGUCAUUUAGCAAGUGGUUUUUUUUUUUUUAUGAUGCUUUAGGCAGGAAUGGAUGUAAAGGCAUAGCUCUUGUGGUAAGUCACUGUUGUUAAUAACUGUUGUUAAUAAUUUUAAUAAAUCUGUUAAUGGUAAACUUAAAUGUGUUUUUCAUUCACAGAAUUUGGAAGUGAAGCCUAUGCAAUGUAUUAUCAGUGACUCAGAAUAUCCAGAAUCUUUUAACGUCAAAGACAACUUAGAGACAGAAAUUAAUUCAGCAAGGUGUCACACAAAGUUAUCACACAAAAGGACAUCCUCCAUUGACCCCGAAAAUAAAUAACAGUCUCUUAAUUAAGCAUCGUCUGCUGAACAUUACAUGAUUUUGUAUUGUGGUGGUGUUCGGUGAGUACUCUGUACAUCAUCCUUUGCGCAUUUUCACAUUUUUCUAAGAAACGAGUACACACAACUUGAGAUGUUUGUUUCCGGUGAAUUAUGGUGAACUGCGAUAAAGGUCUUAAAUUUGUGGAUUAUUGGUCUUAAAAAGCCUUGAAAAAGCCUUGAAUUUGACUUGAAGAAACUUGUAGGAACCCUGAAGGACUAGUCCGUCGUGCUGGUAGUUACGCCAUUACUGUCACACAAUUGAUGUUCGUCCAUCGCCAAUGCGAAGAUGACCAUUACAUCGGAGUACUUGAUUAGGUUCUGUGUGUCCGAAGAUGACUUAAGGCCAAUUCGAGCACGAAAGUAUCGACCACAUGUUGGACACAAAUGUUCAGUAAUGGCUAAUGAGGUGCCUGCUGCUUUCGUCUUAUGGACUUCAUGUUUCCUCCUACACUCUGCCAAGCGUGAAGAUGGAAAUUAAUUUUAAUGGAAAUUAAAACGUGCCAGGUCAGGCGGCUGGUGGGUUUUCAAAAUAAUAAAUAUAUGCAUGUAUUUUUGUGUUAAAUACAUAUUAUACUGAGUGUAUUUCCCACAUAAUCCUCACUAAGGUUUCAGACAGCGCUACAAAAUGGCGUCCCCACUGUAUAGUGCCCUGCGUAGUGAGUAGGGAGCGAUUUCAGGCACGGAAAACUUCUGGCUUGAUUACGUCAGCAUUCGAAGGAGGUCGCGCAUGUCUUUUGACAACAUUGGCAGAUGUUGGUCACUUUGAUUUCUUUUUUUUUUUUUUUAACACUUUAUGGUGUUUUUGUCAUUAAAUUCACAAUGCAAUUCAAGAUUUUACAAUGCUUUGUGGACAAAAUGACCACACCAAAAGAUGUUACUCAGGACAGACAAGAAGAAACAAAAAACAACAAAACACACACACAAAACAAAAAUCAACUACAGAAAAAGCAAAGAAAAAAAAGAUUGGUGCUUCAUUGUAUAAUUUGACAUAUCAGCAAGACGGAUAGUAAAUACAAUAAGUAUAAGCAAGUGAUAUACGCUCACAGUUCCAGGCCAGGUAACAAAUUCACAUAUUGUAUGAAAGGGUCCCACAUUUUGUAAAACUUAUUAACAGAGCCAUUCAGAGUGCAUCUAAUCUUUUCCAGCUUUAUAUUUAACAUAGCAUCUCUGAUCCAUUGAUUAUUUGUUGGAGGAUUUGAAUCCUUCCAUUUAAAGAGAAUGGCACGCCUAGCUAACAAAGAAAAAAAGGCAAUAACCCUCUGAAGGUCAGCUGGAAAACUAGACCCGUCUGUACAUGAUGCAACACCAAAGAUGCCAAUUUUAGGACAGGGCUGAAAAUUAGAAUUAUAUGCCUUAGAGAUUGUCAAAAAAGGAAUCCCAGAAAGAUGACAGUUUUGGACAAGACCAUAGCAUAUGGUAGUUGGUGGCUGGGGCCUGUUUGCACCUGUCACAAGUAGUGUUUAUAUCUGGAAAUAUUUUGGCUAGUCUAACUUUAGAAAAGUGUAGCCUAUGUAAGACCUUAAACUGGAUCAAGGCACGUCUUGAACAGAUAGAAGAUGAAUGGAUCCUCAGCAAAGCCAUAUCCCAUUCUUCAUCUGAAAGUGGGAUCCCCAUGUCAUUUCCCCAUUGUUCCCGGAUAUGGGAAACAGAGGGACUAAGUGUAUCCAUUAUUGCAGAAUAAAUUAUUGACACCCUACCUUUCUUAAACAGAUUGACCUUUAAAAGAUAUGCAACGAUAUCUGUUAUAACGCCGGGCAAUCUAAUUAAUUAGCUACAAUCGUUAUAACGCCGUUACCAAUAUCAACACGCCAUUACUGCAUGGUAUUGAGGUUGCUCUGAAGCCGUCACCGACUUGGCUCACAGACAUAAAAGCUGCGUUUUUCACUCCCCCUCCAGACACCGCUGUCAUUUCAUCCUCUCCCCUUCCCUCCAAAAGUCGGCAUCUGCGCCUUUAGUUUGUGUGGAGAGAUCUGAUCUGCAAUAACAUGCAUUGUUGGCUACAGACUGAAACAUACUUUCAGAAUGCACUGGCCAAGGCAGGACUAAACUCGAUAUGCCUUCUAAUAAUAAUUAAAAAAAAAUAAAAGAAUAGUAAUUUGUUAGCUAAAAAGCCUGUGUCUACACUUUUCUUUCGCCGAGUGGCAGCUGUCUUCAACUGGGGCGGGACAUGACUGAAUGGGUGUUUCUGAUUUGUCAGCUGUCAUCCUUACACCGCAUGGCAUGCCCCAAGCGUUUACAACACAGAAUUCCAGGUUCUCCACUCCAAAAUCGGCAGCUUCAAAACGAUUUUUUUUUUUUUAACCGACAACCAAAAAAAAAUUAACCGGUUGACGUUGAUUUGGUCAACCAUCGGUCAAACGGUCAUCGGUUAACAUCCCUAGUCAUACUCACAGGGGCAUGAUCGGAAAUCAUAAUUGGAUUAUAUUUACAAUCAGAAAUGGCAUUUAGGAGAAAAGGAUCCACUAAAAAAAUCUAUUCUGGAAAAAGAUUUGUGUACAUUAGAGAAAAAAGAAUACUCCCUCUUGGUGGGAUUUUUAAAUCUCCAUGGGUCUAUCAAUUUAUGCAUGUCCAUAAAUGCUUGCACUACUUUUACUGAUUUAGUUGGUCUAGAG